AUGUCGUGGGAGGGUGACAAUAACGAGCGGGUUCUGGUGCCUGUAGGCAGUGACGCGUGUAGCAAGGACGCGCUGCGAUGGGCCGUAGCCAAUAAGAUCUCGCAUCCCGACGACCUGCUCGUGCUGCUUCAUAUCGUCACCAAAGCGCCGGGUCCGGAUGGGUACGACGUGGCGCAGAGCGGUGUGUCGAAGACGACGAUCGUUCAGCACGUGCGCACCGCCAUCAUGCCCAUGCUCUCGCAGCUCAAAGCCUCGAUUGACGCCAAGGUGCGCCUGGAGCUGCGCGUGGGCCGCAACGACUCUCGGGACGCGGGAAUCAUGGAGGAGGCAAAGAAGCUGCACGCCACGUGCCUCGUGCUCAGCACCAAGGGGCGCGGAAUGUUUUCCAUGCGCGGCAAGCUAUCAGGCAGCACGAGCGCCUACUGUCUCAAAAACCGGCCCCCCUCGCUCUCUGUGAUAGUCGUCUCUAAAGACAAAGUUCUUCUCUCCAAGAACGGCGAGUCCACUCCCCUCGACCGCUCCCCCGCUCUCUCCGUCACUGGAAGCCCCCUCCCCGGCGUCUCCUCCUCUUCCAUCCCCUCCGCUGGCUCCUCCCCUGAGGAGAGCCGCCGGAACAGCGAGAACCGGAGCGGUGAGAGCCGGUCGGAUGCGGUGCAGAUCGCACAGGACGGUGAAGGUGGUGGGAAAGUCAGUGGGAGCGGGAGCGGGAGUGGGAGUGGUAGUUUUGGCAAGGGCAGUUUCGUGCGAGCUGCCUCUUCGCUUUCGGAUCGUUCUGUUGUCUCGGAUGGGAGCAGCAGCAAGGAGGUAACUGAGGUACUGACUGUGGCGGCAGAUGGUGGUUCAGGAGAGGAGAGGGGCAGGGGGGACGGGCAGGAGGCGAGCGGCAAAGGGAAAGGGGAGGAGAGGGGGGUGGAUAGGGAGUUGCAGCAGUUGCGUGAGCAGCAGCAGCAGCGGCUGUUGCUGCACCAGCACCAGCAGCUUCAGGCAGCAACCAAGCUUGCUGCUCUUAUGGAGGGUGUUAAUGUGGGCGGGGGAGCAGGGGGAGGGGGAGGAGGGUGGGGAGGGAACGGAUUUGGAGGAGAGGGGAGAGGGGAAGGGGGAGGAGUGGGAGGAGGGGGAGCAGGAGGGGAGCAUGCUGGUGGGGAUGGCAUCGGAGCCGGCAGUACGUGGAGUGACCCGCAUGACUCUGCCUCUGUAGUUCAUGCAGUUGCCAGGUCGCAACAGCAUGGCAGCAGUGGUGGCACUGGCGGCAGUGGUGGGUUCAGCCUGGCGAGCAGCACAGGGACCACGUUCACCAUGGGGAGUGGGAGCGGUGCGAGCAGCAGGGCUGGCAGCGGAGGCGAGCCCACCGCCUCUCCCAUCGGCGCCACCGGCAGCGGCAGCGGCAGUGGGGACGGGGCAGUUGGGGCCGGAGGGAGGGAAGCAGGCAUGGUGGCUGCUGCAUCUGCUGGGGCUGGGGUGAAAGAGACCGGUGGGGUGGGAGAAAGUGGGGGGGCAGCGGGGGCGGCAGGAGCACUGGAAGUGGCCAGUGGGGUGUACUGCCGCGUGUAUUCGUAUGAGGAGAUUCAGAGAGCAACCGACAAUUUCUGCCCCCAGCUGGUGCUGGGAGAGGGCGGCUGCGGCACCGUCUUUUCUGGGAUGCUGGGCGGCAGCAAGGUGGCUGUGAAGGUGAUAAAGACGGAAGAUGCCACCCGGGCAGCCAAGGAGUUCCAGAGAGAGGUGGAGCUACUGAGUCAGAUCCACCACCCACAUGUGCUCUCGCUGCUGGGGUGCUGUCCGUCGCACCACUGCAUAGUGUACGAGUUCAUGGCCAGCGGCACUCUCGAGGAGCGCCUGCUCUGCGCCAACAACUCGCCGCCCCUCCCCUGGUUCGCCCGCCUCCGCAUCGCCGCUGAAAUCGCCUCGGCUCUCCUCGCAUUACACUCGCAGCCAAAGCCUAUUAUCCAUUUGGAUCUAAAACCCGCGAAUGUGCUUUUAGACAAGAGGCUUGUAGUGAAGCUGGCCGAUGUGGGGGUCGCGAGGCAGAUGCUGGGGAGGGGGGGUUCAGACCAGGGCUUUAAUGUUACGCAUGCGCACACGUCUAUGCCCAUCGGGACCGUUGCUUAUGUCGACCCGGAGUACCAGCGGACGGGCGAUUUCAGCCCGAAAUCGGAUGUGUACGCCCUUGGGAUUAUCCUGUUUGACUUGCUGACGGGGCGCCAGCCGGCUUGGUAUGAGAGAAUAGAGGAUGCUGUGGAUGAGGGGGACGAGGAGGCGCUGGGAAAGCUGCUGGAUGGCAAGGCAGGGAGGUGGCCUGUAGGGCUGGCUAUGGAGGUGGCGAGGAUUGCAGUGCGGUGCAGUGAGAUGAAGAGGAAAAAGAGGCCUGAUCUUGGGGAGGUGGUGAUGCCGGUGCUGAUGAAAGCACAAAAGGAGGCUGUGAUCUUGAUGGAGAGAAUGAUGGCUGGAAUGUGA